AUGUCUUCGAAGCAGCUGCGCAUUGGCGUUUUCAUGCCCUCAAGCGUACAGCUACUUGAUUUGGCAACUGUCGAUGUUCUCGCCUCAAUGUCCAAAGAAUACCUUCGCCUCCUUCCUCUCCCCGCACACAUUAGUGAAAUAGCACCCAGCACCAAGAUUACCUAUAUCACAUCGCCAAAGUUGUUUCCAACCGUGAGCUUAACUGCAGAUCUAUCCGUCCGUGCAUCACACACGUACGAGGAUGAUGACGUUGGUCCCGGCAAACUUGACAUUAUCGUCGUGCCUGGUACAGAUCCAGCAGACGACUUUGAAGAGGCAUCGACAAAGUGGCUAAGAGACCAUUUCAACACCGGGGGCGUUGAUGUAUUGUGCGUCUGUACUGGUGUUUAUCUAUGCGGUGCUGCAGGCAUUCUCGACAGCCGCCAGGUAAGUGGCCCUAGAGGGCUUCAGGAUGAAUUAAUCCGAAAAUACCCAAACGCACAUUUCGUCGGGGAGGAGUAUCGGUGGAUUCAGGACGGUAACCUUUGGUCAAGCGGUGGGAUAACCAAUGGCAAUGAUCUCAUGGCUGCGUAUGCUCAGGCACAGAACAAAUAUUGGCCAAAAUCGAUCUCUAAGCUGGGUGCGAUGUUGGUCGAUGUAGGUGAUCGACCUCAGAUUUACCAUCAGAGCCAGCGCAAGUUCUUUACGGUAUUCGCAUGGCAAGUAAUCCAGAGCUGGUUUUUCAGCCUGGUGCCAUUUGGGAAAGGUUUAUUUAGGGCGAAUAAUGAUUCCUCCUAA